AUUAGAGGCCCGUCAGAGCAGCUCCGCUUCCAGCCAAUCCCAGCUCGCUCCGGCCCUCAGUGGAGAGGGGCGGCAUGCGGACAGGCGCAGACGUUUGUAGUUUUAAUGGUGCAGAGCGAAACGUGGAGGUGCGCUUAAGAAGAAGGGAUGGCAUAAAAUAGCGUUGCAACAGUGAUAACUUGUUGGUAAAUGUUUUGCAUCAGCAUUUUUUUUCAGCUUUUUAUUUAAAAAAGAAAAGACUGCAACUGCAGUGGUUUCGGUGUCUGCGUGCUGACGCGCGGCACAGGUGCGCACCUUCCCAGCUUUUUUUUUUUUUUCUCUCUUUUUCUUCAAAGCUUCAAAGUUUCACCGCUCGUUAAGGACGGCAUGGAAAAGUCUAAAAACUUCCGAAUCGACGCCCUCCUCGCCGAUGAGACCCACCGCGGCGGUCGUGAUCUCUCCCCGGGUCUGAGCAGCGACAGCCCCGCGGGCAGCCCGGUCUCCUGCCGCCGCUCCGACACCCCAUCCCCGCGGGGUGCCCACCUGCAGACCGGAAUGAUCCCCAAACCGAGCGUCCUGAACCUCCAGCACCCAGGCCUGGCUUCCCUGACACAGGGCGCCAUUCCCGGUAUGUACCCCGCGCCGAUGUAUCCGCUGAGCGCUCUGGGAGGCCAGCAUCCAGCUUUCGCAUACACCGGCUUCACGCAUCUGACCCAGAGCUACCCGGAGCACCUGAAGGCGGCUGCCAUGGCCGGAUCUCUGCCCCUGGAACACUGGAUCCGAGCCGGGAUUAUGAUGCCGCGGAUGCCAGAUUACACCUCGGGCCCUCAGUCCGGCCUAUUGGGGAAAUGUCGCAGGCCUCGUACGGCCUUCACCAGUCAGCAGCUCCUGGAGCUGGAAAACCAGUUCAAGCUGAACAAAUACCUGUCCAGACCCAAGCGCUUUGAGGUGGCCACCUCCCUGAUGCUGACCGAGACGCAGGUCAAGAUUUGGUUUCAGAACCGGAGGAUGAAGUGGAAACGCAGCAGGAAAGCGAAGGAGCAGGCCUCCGCCUCCGGCCAGGUGGAGGCAGAGCGGCUGAGAGGUGGAGGAAAAGCGGCCAAGGACAAAUCAGACGAGACCAGACGGGCUUUAAAUGUGGACGGCAGGCGGGUUGAGUAUGGGCUGGAGGAUGGAGAGGAAGGGGAGGAGGAAGAGGAGGUAGAUGAAGAGGAAGGAGAAGAAGACGAUGAGGAGGAGGAGGAGGGAAGCCAGCAUGGGUAUCGUAUCACCGUGAGCAACAAAGUGGGAAUGUCACGGUCCACGGACUUCUUGCAGCACAGCAGCAAGCUUGGGUACGACUCCCUCAGCCCGUUCUCUGACGACGAGCUGGAGGGGGUGCAGGUAGGAGGGGGAGACCGGAAGAUCGGGGCAGGAUUGUGAGCAGACCUUGAAUGUUGCAGAGAGAUUUCACCAAGAGAUUUGACCCCCCCCAAAAAGCAUCUGUUUGUGUUUGCUUCAAAAGACAAUUUCCAAAAUCUGAAAUGUGUCUGUUUCCAUCUUCAUAGAGAGACACUUUCUUUGGUUCACGCGGCACAUCCUGGACAUGAACUAAUUCAUGGGUUUCAAACGAUUUGAAUUAAAUCCCUUUACGUACUGUAAAUCUUGCAGCAUGCAGAAAAAAAAAAAUUUGCUAUCACCCAGAAGAUCUUUCAGUAAUUGUUUGGCGACAUCCUGUUUGUUUCACCUGUUGACAGCUGGAGCUCCAGCCUGCAAACACACUGUUUUUUUUUCUUUUGUUUUUUAUAACUGAAGGAUGCAAAGAGAACCUGAGGAUGAACAACUUGUCCCGGGUGCAGGAUUCAUGAAACUGAACAGGUUGCAUGGUGCUGCGACAUGAACAUCACGCGUGUUGCAUUUGCUUUUGUGUAAAUAUCACUGUAGUUCUGCCAUUGCUGAAGUUCCUGAAUCCAUUCUUGUUGUUUACAUGCAAGUGAAUAGACUUAACUUAUUUGAAUGAUUGCAAAGAUUAAUUAGAAAUGUAUUUAUGUCAAACUUGUCUGUGGUGCAACUGUGAAAUAAAAAAAAGUGA